ACGGUCAGAGUAAGAAACUGUAACAUUUUGAUUUACUCUAUUGAGUAUUGUCACAUCAAAAUAUAUAUCACAACUACUAUCAGACAUUUGAUAUCACUUAUUAUAAUAUGUGCGGUUACCUUGGAUACUGAUACUGAUAGGGAUACGGAGGCUACUAGUACUACUAGUUAUGUGCGGGCAACUAUGAAUUCUCCGUGAGGCAGUAGAGAUGUUUCGAGAAGAGUCAACGUGAGACAUAACCAGCUUUCAAGCUAUAUAUUGUAUUCGGCGCCAGAGAACAGUACGGUAUAUGUUGAGUGCACUUUAUAGACUCACCCAGUACAUAUUGGGCGCAGACAACACAGACCAGGAUGGCGAUGUGAAAGAGGCAUCGAAGGGCGAGAGUGGACAAUGUCAUGGCCUGGGUGGCACGAGCCAAUCAGGCGAUGGCGCGGAGUACGUCAGCUUUAGCGGCAAGGUGACGUCUGUCUUCAGCCACUAUGCCAUGAUCAACGACACCAUCUACUGUGCGUUCGAGGUUAUCUUUGGCGGACGUCAUCCUCACAUAGGGGACCAGGUCAAAGGUCAAGCGCGGAGACCCCACGACGAUGCUGGCUGGCGGGCCACACAACUUACUGUGUUGGAUGAACCUUGCUGGGACGAGCCGACCCCAACGUCCGACAGUUCAGCGCCACCUGACGGGCAGCGCGUCGAUGAUGACACCUGGCGCCAUCUAUCGUCGACCGACAGCGGCGCGCAUGCAGCAGACGACGACGAUGGCGAGCCGCGUGAACUGAUCGGUCAGGUGACGUCGGCGGACCCACUAGGUGGCGCCAUCGAAGGCGGCGUCGCGUACGCUGCGUCCGUGUGCGCCGGCUUCGGCGCGGGACCUCCCGUCGUCGGCGACUGGGUGCGUGCGACGGCGACGCGCGGCGGCGCCACCUGCGUCGCGCCGCUGCGCCGCCGCGCGUACCAGGGCAAGGUGACCUUUGUGCAGGGGUCGAGCGCGCGGGUCGACGACGAGGUCGCGGCGGAGGCGACGACGACGUGCGAGGUCGGGGGUCGGCUGCGCGUUGGGGAUGAGGUCGGCGGCUUGGCCGUGGAGAGCUCUCAGGGUCGGCUCACAUGGAGAGCUAUCAGCAUGAACCGCAUUAGCAGUUCCAACCACGACAGGCCCGGCAUCGUCGUCACGACAACGCCACUGAAGAAGAGCUUCCUCGGCGAACUGCUGCGCAACAAAGAGGGCGUCACCGUCACCUCUCCGCUGGAGUUUGGCACGGUGGAGCUGGGACGUACGGUGUACCUGACCGCCUGGAUACAAAACGAGGGCAGCACCGAGCAGAUGCUGCUGAGGUGUCGUGUGACAACAACUCUCACACAGCUCACCAUCGACUCACCAAAGAUAAUCAGCACUGAUCCAAAACAGGUGGAGGUAUUGGCGCAGGAGGAUGGGAUCGCAUUGUUGCCUGGUGGCAUCUGCUAUGUGAAUAUCAUCUGCCACGCGACAGACGUCGGCACGGCAACGCAGACGCUACUGUUUGAGUUUGACGGCUUCAAGAUCGGUCGGCGCGUGGGCGUCACCGUGCGCGACCCGUCUGAGUCACUCCUCGCGCCGCAGCCACGCGCGGACAGGGGGCGCCGGGAGCGCGCGCGCGACGCUCAGCAGCGAUUCGACGAGAAACACGGCGGCUGGGUCGUGCCAGGACAGCGCCCCCUACCGGCGAAGGCCCGUCCGUUCCUCGCCCGCCUCGGUCGCUGGCCCGUCCCCGGCGACCUCCGCCAGGGGGCGCUGCGCGGGGAGGACCCGGCGACGCAGCGUUCGUGCCUGCGCGCGCCGCUUGCGCUCCGUAACUUCGGCGACCGCUUCCACGCGCUGCUGCACGUCGAGGAGAUCGUCUCCGAGAUGGAGAUGCGCGAGAACGACCUGCGCGACGCGACGAUGACGCGUCACCAUGACAACGACACGCUCGCGCUCGCCGUUCCCGGCCUCGCCGAGGGACGCCCCUCGCUGAUGCUCGGCGACAAGGCGCUCGUCACAGAGGGCGCCGCCGGAGCGGCGGCGCCGGCGUACGAGGGGUACGUGCACGCGGUGCGGCAGGAGGAGGUGCUGCUGGCGUUCCACCCGAGCUUCCAGCGUGAGUACGCGGGCGGGGCCGUCGACGUCGCGUUCGUCUGCAGCCGCGCGCAGACGCAGCGCCACCACGAGGCCGUCGCGAGGGCGCCGCUGGUCGGCGCCGCCGUACUGUUUCCCCAGCGGCUCACGGUCAGCAUGCCGCUGUACGUGCCUCCGCCGCCGCCGCCGCCGGUACGCUGCAGACGUGCCGCACCCAGGGUGCGCCGCGCAGAGGCGGGGUUGUCACCAGGGAUGGACGACGGGAGAACGAAGGUCAUGGGGUCACCUCCAGGCAUCAUGGCGGACGGGAGGACGAAGGUCAUGGGGUCACCUCCAGGCAUCAUGGCGGACGGGAGGACGAAGGUCAUGGGGUCACCUUCAGGCAUCAUGGCCGACGGGAGGACGAAGGUCAUGGGUCCAGGCACGGCCGAUGGCCAGGCAGAGGUCACAUGGUCACCGCCGGGCCCAGUCGCCCCAGCAGUACCGGAUGCAACAACAGCGCCACAUAGUUUCGAGUUCUUCAACGCGGCGCUGAAUAGUCGUCAGAGAUCGGCGGUGGUGCGCAUGCUUGGUGCACAGAGUCGGCCAACACCCUACGUGCUGUUCGGGCCUCCAGGUACUGGGAAGACCAUCACCAUCGUCGAGGCCAUGCUACAGGUGUUGUCACGGUUACCGUCCACCCGCAUCCUCGUCUGCACUCCCUCCAACAGUGCUGCUGACCUUAUAGUACAACGAUUGCAUGAGAGUGGACGCGUGACGACAGCUGACAUGGUCAGAUACAUGGCAUUCCAACGUUCGGACGAGACGGUACCGGACGACGUUCGCGAUUACUGCGUGCGCUGCGACGACGACGCCCUGACGUGCGCCGUGCGUCGCCGCCUGGUGGUGAGCACGUGCGGCUCGUGCGGCACGCUCGCCGCUCUGGGACUCCCGCCCGACCACUUCACACAUGUGUUUGUAGACGAGGCGGGACAGGCCACCGAACCAGAGACCCUUAUACCCAUUGCGAUGGCGGCUCCGGCCGGAGGUCAGGUGGUGCUGUCCGGCGAUCCCAUGCAGCUGGGGCCGGUGCUUCGUUCGCCGUUCGCGAAGACAUACGGCCUCGAGACGUCGCUGCUCGAGCGGCUAUGCCAGCGCCCCCUGUACUGUCGAGACGAGAGCCGGUUUGCCAACCACGGAUCGUACGACCCCCUGCUGGUGACAAAGCUGUGACACUCUACCGCUCACACCGUGCGUCUUGCUGCCACUCUGCCCUCCGUCGUCUCUACUACAAGAGACAAUUGAACUCG